GACAGCCACCGGUAUGUGGACGGAGGACAGUGGAAAGGCGCAGCGGAUCCAGAAACUAUGAGCGCCGGUCCGACGCCGCGUCCAGCUGCCGCCGCGCUCCGGCGGAGGGCAACUUCCCAGCCAGAGUCGGAGGACCAGCAACUUUUAUAGACUUUGAAGUCCGCAUCCUGCAAGUGGCCCGCAUCCCCAGUUCAGACUUGUUUGACCCAGGGAUCGUGCGUCCGCCGAGCUUUGACAUUUGUCCGGUGUGUUCAGAUUAUGUUCGGUGCUGGGCGUCUUGAAGCGACGAGGAAAUGUCAUUCUCCUAAAGAAGAGCUCUCUGGUGCUUCUGUCUGACAAUGGAGAAUAAAUGAAAGGGACGCUUCCAGGGAUUAACUGAGAGAACAACGACAGGAUGCAGGAGAGGGACCUACAGAGCGUGUGCAGAAGGGCGCUGCUGCUGACCGUCUGUAUGAUGUCUCUCUGGGGGCAGCUGACCAGUGCUUCGUCUCACAGAAGCCACAUAGUUCAUGUGAAAGCGGGAACCUGUGAGGUAAUUGCUGCACACCGAUGCUGCAACAAGAACAAGAUCGAAGAGAGAUCCCAGACUGUCAAAUGCUCCUGCUUCCCCGGACAGGUGGCGGGAACAACAAGAGCGGCUCCAUCUUGUGUAGACGCGUCCAUAGUUGCACAGAAGUGGUGGUGCCAGAUGCAUCCCUGCAUGGACGGGGAGGAGUGCAAAGUCCUGCCAGAUCUCAAAGGAUGGAGCUGCAGUACGGGAAACAAAGUUAAGACAACCAAGGUCACCCGAUAGUCGUCUGUUUUGAGCGCGACUCUCAUUCAGAGCAAGAUGCUAUUUCUUCAACCGACAUUGAGGACAUUCGGAUGUCUGUGUUUUAAGCUUUGGAGGAGGCCGGGGACCAACGAGCGCAGUAAUCACGGACAUUCCAGCGAACGAACGGGCGACCAGGGAGCUUCAUAAAAGACUUGCAUAUCUAAAAUCCUGACUUUUGAUCCAGCAUCAACAGUAGCCGUCUCUGAGCUGUACUGCCCACCAAAUCUCUCUUUGUAUUAUAGUUUUGUUCCUACGAAGUAGAAGACUGAACAAUGAGGACAUUUAUUGAUGGACUGUGGAUCACAUCAGAAGAAGAAGAAAAGAUCACCCUCAAGACAAAACCAUGUGAUGUGAAACUUUUUGUGUUAUUUUGGUUUUGUUUUUUUUUUCUUCUUCUCUUGCCACAAAGAGCGCCGGACUCUGAAUGCAUUUCUGUGUUGAAGAUCUAGUGAGAUCAUAAGCAUUUCCAUUCCUUUUAGCCUUAUGGAGCAGAUAUCAUUUCUGUUUCUGUUUGUUGAUUUGAAAGUGGCCAUCUCUCUUUUUUCUUCUUUUUAGUUUGUUAAGGCUGUGAAGCUUUUUUUUUUUUUUUUUCCAGAAAAGACAAUGCCACAACAAUAAAACCCAGAAAAGAUGUACUGAUGUUUGACUACAAGUUACCAAGGGCCUCACAGAGCUGAGUUCUGCCAAAAUGUUUUAUUGGUAUAUGUUGUUUUCGAACCCUGGUAACUAUUACUCAUUACAAAUGUCAAUAUUAUCUCAAUAAAUCUAACUCGAUGGAUAUGAGUGUUGAGAAACGUGUGUGCUGAUGCCAUUUGCAUAUCCGACCGUUGUGCUGUAUCGGCAGGAGCUGAUGGGACUUGAAAUUAGCAGGUCAAGCAAAUAAUCUGACAAAAAA